AUGCUUUUCAAACAAUCCGGUGCCGCCUUCGGCCCGCUCCCAGCUCAGAUUGGCCGCGUGAGUCUUCGCGGCAGUGGCUCUUUCACGGGCAACAACGAGACCACCUUCGAUCAUGGACAGCUGCCGCAGUUUCUGCCUCGCAUCCAAUGGCCCGAUGGCCACGUGGCCCAGAUACUUGGACGACAUACGUCGGCGCUGGGGACCGGCAUAGACUGGACUGUUCGGUCUGAGGUUGAGGACCUGCGCGACAGGGUGACCUCCAUCUAUUCUUGCUUGGCCCCUAUGCCGUCGUUCGCGAGCGGACUCUACGACGAAACGCCGUGGCUGGCCCACGUCGCCUUUAUGCACGAUAUCCUGCACUGCUCCAUCUCGAACCAAAUCCCCCUCGCCGAGCUCGAAAUGUUUGCCCUGCUACGAACCACAUCAUACGGCAUGUUCGAGUCCAUGGCCUGGCUUUAUCCCUGGCACAUUCCCGGCCCUUGCGGCGAUGACAAGUUAGCCGAGGAAUGGAGACCCGACUUCAGCAUGCGCAUGAAGGUGGGCGAGUUUCAGGAGCCGGGCUCCGACGAGCAAUACUACCAAUCCCGCAUGUACGGCCGGCGAUGGGUCGUGGCCCCCGUCCUGUGUGGAGAGGAGCAGUGGAGCAUGACCAUCUUUGAUCGUUGCCAGGGGCACUUGUACAUAUUCGACAGCGGCGACGGCCCGCGCCGGAGCGAGCGCAUCGAGGCCUGCGUGCACCUCUGGGUUCGCUUCUGGAACUGGUUGCAUUUGCCGUGGGACUUUCAGUACUUUGUCCCCACCGCCACCAGGCAGACCAGCGCCAAGGACUCGGGGCUCAUAUCCAUCGCUUGGCUAAUGUUUGUCCUUCGCGACCAAGUGGGCGGCACCAUGUCUGUCGACGAUGUCACAGUCCGGAGGGCAGACGUAGUAAUCACAGCCGCGGAUCCUGGUGUGGAAAUCGAGCCCAGCGACUUGUGUCUUCGCGACUGGCUCCCUGACGGGUGCAAGCUUGCCUAUGGAGGGCUCAUGGCCGUCAGAAGAAUCAUCAAAGCCAUGGUAUGCAACGAGUUGGGCCUCGCGCAUCACGAGGUCCUCACCAAGGAGUUUCGCAACUACGACGGGCGCGUCCCGGGCAUCAUUCCCUCGGCCCUGACGCUCCUCCGAAACAUGGGCACGCAGCUCGCUGCUCACGAUAGCAUGCUUCCGCCAGACUUGUUCUGGACGGCGCAAGGCGGGCCUCAGUUCGCCAUGGCGCAGCGAAUAGUCGCUGGCCCAUACCAACACGAUGCACCGCGCAGACACAGGCCUCACACGCAACAACGCCGCUUCCGCGUCGAAGCGACCCCGGACGCCCUAGCCCGGCGCACGACUCAAGAGGUUCAAUGGCCGGCCGGCGUGCCCUUUACCGCCGAGAACCCCGUGAACCGGCCCGCUUGCGGCGCGGAGCUCGAGGUGGCGGGCGUCGACACACGGCGUGAUCUUGACACCUUGUUCUCUCUGCAUUUCGACGCCACUCUAGCCAACUGCGAGGCGCCACAAUUUUGCCAACACCUGCGGCGCCCCCAGCGCAUCGAGCUGGGCGAUAUCCACACCCAGCGGCAUAGCAGCGGCUGCCAAGUCCUGAAGCUGCAUCUCGUAGUAGGUUUAGGAAGUGAAUCAGCGAGCGAGGGCCUGACGGUGGAUAUCCCGAUCAACAAGCCCGGACUCGGAAGCAAGGUGCCCUGA